AUGACUGAAGCUGCCAGUGUUUACCCCUCCUUGGUGGACCGUCCCAUCAAGAACACGAUUGUCCUGUUCGAUGUUGAUGAGACUCUCACCCCCGCCAGACGACAUGCCUCACCGGAGAUGCUCGAGUUGCUCUCUCGAUUGCGACACAAGUGCGCCAUCGGAUUUGUUGGCGGCUCGAACCUUGUGAAGCAGCAAGAACAACUUGGCUCGCCUACAAUCGACGUCACUACACUUUUUGACUUCUGUUUCUCCGAGAACGGCCUGACCGCAUACCGCCUUGGCAAGCAGCUCGCCAGCAACAACUUCAUUCAGUGGCUUGGGGAGGACAAGUACCAAGCGCUGGUCAACUUCGUUCUUAAGUACAUUGCCAACACCAAUUUGCCUCGCAAGCGCGGUACUUUCAUUGAGUUCCGGAAUGGAAUGGUCAAUAUCAGCCCCGUUGGACGUGCUGCUAGCGUUGAAGAGCGCGACGAGUUCGAAGCUUUCGAUAAGAUCCACAACAUCAGAAAGACUCUGGUGGAGUCCUUGAAGAAGGAGUUCCCAGACUACGGCCUCACAUAUUCUAUCGGCGGUCAAAUCUCUUUCGAUGUCUUCCCCACCGGCUGGGACAAGACCUACUGCCUGCAACACGUCGAGGCCGAGAAGGACAUUUCGGGUAUCGAAUACACCACUAUCCACUUCUUCGGCGACAAAACCUCCGUUGGAGGAAACGAUUAUGAGAUUUACGAAGACCCUCGCACCAUUGGACACUCCGUUGACGGCCCUCAAGACACUAUCAAUCAGUUGAAGAAGCUGUUUGACCUGUAG